ACUCACGAACAUGAAUAAACCAUACUUAAAUUAUACAUUUCUGAAGCAAAUUGCGAGUUACCUAAAAGUGAAACAAAUUACGGAGUCGCAACAGAAUGACGGCAAAAGGUAUAGCUAAUUGCGACGUAUAAAAAGGCAACCACAGCCGCGCCGAAAGCGACUUCAAAUAAUUAACGGAAUCUUACCUGUCAUCCGUAACCUGUCAAAAAGGCAAACCACAAUCGCUUUGGACGUGAACUGGGAGCGAAGCAAAGAGUUGUACGAACAAAGCAGAUACCCGAAAGUGCGCGGCAUCAGACGAGGCACACGUGCGGAUUUCAUACACAAUGGCAGUUUUCAUGAAGCCGUCGGGCCAUUGCUUGUGAUUGCUCAGUGUUUCUGCCUGAUGCCGGUGCGUGGCAUACUCGCCGUCAGCCCCAAAGGUUUGUCCUUCCGCUGGAAGAGUUUUCGCACCUGGUACUGUAUAUUAUAUACGCUGGUGACUAUUGCCGAUACGGGCCUCACCCUUAACAUGGUCGUAAAAGGUGUGCUGGAUGUGCGAAAUAUCGAGCCAUUAAUAUUUCAUGGCAAUAUACUUUUGGCUUCAAUUGGUUUUCUGUGCCUGGCCAGAAAGUGGCCGCAGUUGAUGCGAAAAUGGCAGCGGGUGGAGCGGCAGAUGCCGCCUUUUCAGUCGUGGCGUGAACGCGAGGCUCUGUCGGUGCGUGUGCAUAAGGUGACCUUCGUGCUCAUCACACUGUCGUUGACUGAGCAUCUGUUGAGCACCAUUUCGGCCAUACAUUUCGCCAAUUAUUGUCCCUCACGCGUGGACCCAAUCGAAUCGUAUUUCAUGUCCGUUGUUUCACAAAUUUUUUUCAUUUUCGAUCAUUCCACUUGGCUGGCUUGGUUCGGAAAGAUAUUGAAUGUGCUCAUGACUUUCGGUUGGAGUUACAUGGAUGUUUUUCUUAUGAUAAUUGGUAUAGGGCUGUCUUCUUUGUUCGAACAAGUGCAACGCAGUUUGGAGCGCGUUAGAGGACAGGUGAUGACCGAAUCUUAUUGGACGCGUACCCGUUUACAAUAUCGCCUUAUUUGUGAUCUCAUAGUACAAGUGGACUCCGCUGUAUCCGCCAUAACUAUGCUAUCGUUCGCUAACAAUCUUUACUUCGUUUGCAUACAGUUACUCAAGAGUAUGAACACAAUGCCAUCUGUAGCGCAUUUCAUAUAUUUCUACGCGUCGCUCAGUUUUCUUUUGGGGCGCACCUUGGCCGUCUCACUGUAUUUGUCUGAGGUUAACGAUCGCUCUCGUGAUCCGUUAAAAAUCAUAAAACAAGUGCCGAAGGAGGGCUAUCAUCCUGAAGUCGAACGAUUGGCUCACGAGAUAGGCAUGGAUACGGUAGCAUUGACCGGAUUGAAAUUUUUUAACAUUACCCGUGGCUUGGUGUUGACGGUUGCCGGCACUAUUGUUACCUACGAACUAGUGCUCAUACAGUUUCAUGAAGAUCAGAAUUUAUGGAAUUGUAAUUAAUUUUUAACAUUACGGGUUGUUUAUCCUUUUCAACAAAUAAUAUAUUCAAUUUUAUCCUUUCCCUCUUUAUCUAUCGAAUCAUGUUUGAAGACAUUUUUUGUUGUUUUAUCGAGAGCUUCU